AUGACAAACUUAGAAAACAUCUGUGGCAAGUUUAACUCCUCAAUAGAGAAUAUGAAACUUAUAGUUUGCAAUGAACUUCAAAGUAUAGAUACAACAAAAGUUUUGAACUCAGAUGCUUUGAAGAGUCUUAUAACAGACAAAGUUGGAGUUGUUGAAAGAAAGUAUAAAGACCAAAGAGUUUGUGAAAAUGUUGCAAACUUCAUUAUGGUUUCAAACAAUGCUGUUCCGAUGAAGUUAGAAAGUUCUGACAGAAGAUAUGUAGUUGUCAGAACGUCAGAUACUCAUAUGCAAGAUACAGAAUAUUUUGACGACUUAGCAGAAACGUUGACAUCUGACUUUUACAACCACUUGUUCUCAUAUUUCAUGACAUUAGAUAUUUCUAAGUUCAAUCCAAGACAAAUUCCACAUACAGAAGAGAGACAAACAUUGUUAGAAGCAAACAAGAGUGUAUAUGAACUGUUCAUAGAUGAAACUGACUUUGUGUCAUUAGAUGAAAGGUCAUUGUACGAUUCGUAUAAACAAUAUUGUCAAGAAUAUGGUUAUAUGGCAGCUUCUAAACGAACAUUCUUGGCAAAUGUCAAAAGUCUUUUAGAUGUUCAGAAUGGUGUAUAUACAAAGAAAAUUUUUUCUGAGUAA